ACGUGACAGGUCCGUGAGGUCCCGCUCGCGCAGUCGUCUGGGCGAGCGAAGAUGGCGGCCGAGAGGGAGCCUCCUCCGCUGGGGGACGGGAAACCCACCGACUUUGAGGAGCUGGAGGAAGGGGAGGACCUGUUCACCAGCACUGUCUCCACCUUAGAGUCAAGUCCAUCAUCUCCAGAACCUGCUAGUCUUCUUGCAGAAGAUGUUAGUACGAACUCCAAUGGUCCAAAACCUGCAGAAGUUGUACUAGAUGAUGACAGAGAAGAUCUUUUUGCAGAAGCUACAGAAGAAGUUUCUCUGGACAGUCCAGAAAGGGAACCUAUACCCUCCUCUGAACCUUCUCCUGCAGUCACACCUGUGACCCCCACUACACUCAUUGCUCCCAGAAUUGAAUCAAAGAGUAUGUCUGCUCCAGUGAUCUUUGAUAGAUCCAGGGAGGAGAUUGAAGAAGAAGCAAAUGGAGAUGUUUUUGAUAUAGAAAUUGGUGUAUCAGAUCCAGAGAAAGUUGGUGAUGGCAUGAAUGCUUACAUGGCGUAUAGAGUAACAACAAAAACUUCUCUUUCCAUGUUCAGCAAGAGUGAAUUUUCAGUUAAAAGAAGAUUCAGUGACUUCCUUGGUUUGCAUAGCAAGUUAGCAAGCAAGUAUUUACACGUCGGUUAUAUUGUACCACCAGCUCCAGAAAAGAGUAUAGUAGGCAUGACCAAGGUCAAAGUGGGUAAAGAAGAUUCAUCAUCCACAGAAUUUGUAGAAAAACGGAGAGCAGCUCUUGAAAGAUAUCUUCAAAGAACAGUAAAACAUCCAACUUUACUACAGGAUCCAGAUUUAAGGCAGUUCUUGGAAAGUUCAGAGCUGCCUAGAGCAGUUAAUACACAGGCUCUGAGUGGAGCAGGAAUAUUGAGGAUGGUGAACAAGGCUGCCGACGCUGUCAACAAAAUGACAAUCAAGAUGAAUGAAUCGGAUGCAUGGUUUGAAGAAAAGCAGCAGCAGUUUGAAAAUCUGGAUCAGCAACUUAGGAAACUUCAUGCCAGUGUUGAAGCCUUGGUCUGUCAUAGAAAAGAACUUUCAGCCAACACAGCUGCCUUUGCUAAAAGUGCUGCCAUGUUAGGUAAUUCUGAGGAUCAUACUGCUCUAUCUAGAGCUUUGUCUCAGCUUGCAGAGGUUGAGGAGAAGAUAGACCAGUUACAUCAAGAACAAGCUUUUGCUGACUUCUAUAUGUUUUCAGAACUGCUUAGUGACUACAUUCGUCUUAUUGCUGCAGUGAAAGGUGUGUUUGACCAUCGAAUGAAGUGCUGGCAGAAAUGGGAAGAUGCUCAAAUUACUUUGCUCAAAAAACGUGAAACUGAAGCAAAAAUGAUGGUUGCUAACAAACCAGAUAAAAUACAGCAAGCUAAAAAUGAAAUAAGAGAGUGGGAGGCAAAAGUGCAACAAGGAGAAAGAGAUUUUGAACAGAUCUCUAAAACGAUUCGAAAAGAAGUGGGAAGAUUUGAGAAAGAACGAGUGAAAGAUUUUAAAACUGUUAUUAUCAAGUACUUAGAAUCGUUAGUACAAACACAACAACAGCUGAUAAAAUACUGGGAGGCAUUUCUACCUGAAGCCAAAGCCAUUGCCUAGCAAGAAGAUUAUUCCUGUUCAGAAGAUCUUGGAUGUUUGUUCCAGUUAUGCAGAAUUCCACAGUGAAAUCAUUUAAAACCAUCUAAAUAAACCACUAUAUAUUUUAUGAAUUACAUGUGGUUUUUUAUAAAUAUAUAUUCUGACAUUUUAUUACAAGCUGCAUGUCCUGACCCUCUGAAUUAAGUGGACUGUGGCAUGACAUUCUGCAAUACUUUGCUGAAUUGAACACUAUUGUGUCUUAAAUACUUGCACUAAAAAGUGCACUGCAAGGCCAGAAAAUUUUACAAUAUUUUUUCUUUACAGUAUGUUCUGUAGUGUGUUCACCCUCUUUAUGAAGUGAAUUAUCAAUGCAUUGAUUAAUGUUCACUUACACAUUCCUGUAUAGAAAUUAAGAUUUUGUGAUUACAGUAAUAAAAUGAUAUUCCUUGUGAAGUAUUAGUAACCAAUUAUUUGGGUAUGUAAACAUACUAGAGAUCUUUUAAAAACAUUUUUAAUAGGAAGAAACUUUUUCUUCUUGAUGUAUAUAAGUGAUGCUCUGAUCCAUUAAUUUUUUUGAUUGACAGAAAAAACUGAAGUCUUUCACUAUUAAAUGAUAAAUGAAGCUUAAUUAAGUUUUCUUUUUAUGAAACCUUCAUAAACCAAAGAACAUUUAUCUGUUGGUUCAACUUUGGGGAAUGCUCUUGUCUUGAGUAAGGAGUAGAAUUUUUGAGUAAGUAAAUUUUUGAGUAAUUUUAGAGUAAGAAUUAAGAGUAAGGAGAGAAUAAUUAUCUUUGCUUGUUUUUAUCCGUCCCUAUUAUAAGUACCCAAUUUAAGAAUUUGAAAAAGACGGACUUAUGUGCUUCUGUUACAAGUCCUAUGGAUUUUGCUCAUCCUUUAUUAUUUUCAAAGUGUAAGACUGCAUAUAUUUAAUUUAUUCCUUGCCUUUCCUUUGAUUUUUCAUUUUAAACUAGAAGUAGAUCAUCUAUGACAAAGAUUGGGGCUGUGCUAAAACACCCUGCAGUUUGGUGAAUAACCGUCAGGAUAGUGCAAAGCAAACUUGAAGUAAAAUGAAAUUUGUCUUCAGCAGCCAUCUCACCUAUUUUUGUAUCCUGUUUAGAUGGCAGUUAUAUAAUCCUUAAUGUGGAUGAAAGUAUAAGCUAUGAUUGGCAUCAGUUAUUUUCAUUUUUAGAAAAUAAUUCUUAAAGAUGAUCUUCUCAGGCUUAACAUCUACAUCUCCCUUCCAAAAGAGUAAGACAUAUGUGUAACUGAGUCCUCUUUAGCAGCUUGCUGGAUACAGUUAACAUAUCAGAGUUUCCUUAAGAUAUGUUUGCUUCCACUUACUUUAGUUGGAAUUUUUAAGCCUCUUGUAGGUAUUGUUCAUAUUUAUGAUCCUGAAGUCUAGAAGAAUACCUGACACACAAUAGGUUUAAAAUAAAGCCUUGAUUAAUUGAAAAGGAAAAAAAAAUCCUAGAAGAUGCAAAAUAAUGUUUGCUAUCUUAAGAAGAAACUGAAGUAGAAAUAGUACAGUCUUCUGUGUUGUUUCUGUUGAAGGUAGCUUAGAUACUUUUGAGAAAUGAGUAACUCAUAUUAAUAUAUAUCAGAUCCUAUCUUGUCCCAUUAAUAUUGAGCAAAGUAAAGGCUUACUGGAGAGAAUUUCACUGUAGUGAUGUUUAGUAUUAAGUACAUAGUUAUAUUACUUUCAGAGAUUCAUUUUACACAUACGAUAAUAACUUAGUUAUUCAAAGUCCAAAUCUCCCAUUCUGCUCUGGUUCAUUUGUAAGACCAUUCAGUACCUCAAAAUAAAAUAAUAAAUAUUUUCGGACAUGAUCAAGUUGAAACACCCAUCAAUCUUCAUAUCUCUUCGUAUUACUAAAAUACUUUCAUUUCAAAUAAAUAGAACAAUGAGAGCAUUAAUAUGCUGAUAAUCUUUUAGUUUUAUAGGUCUGAAUUUAAUUUUUUUUUUUCUUUAAGCAGAUAAAAGUUAAAGAAGGACAGCAUAAUACAGUGGAACAAGCUGAACUUGAAGUUAACAUACUUGUGUUCAGUCUUCUAUCAGUCAGUAGCUGUGUGACUUUGGGCGUAUCACUUACAUCUCAUCUAUGAUACAAGGGUAUAAAACUGAUUCCUGAAGUGCCUUUCUACUUUAAAAUAUGUUGUUUGAAAUAUCAAACUUUGAUAUUAAUAUUAGUCUAUUAGAAAGUCAAAUUCUAAUCCAAACUUUUUAUUAAUAAAGUAAAGCAAGGCAAAAGCAAAAUUAAUGUGUAAAAAUGUAAUUUCUAAACAUAAAAGAAUUAAGUUUUUGAUUGUAUUUUUUGAUAAGGUAUUUUCAACUAUCCAUCUUAUUUUAUACAUAGAUAUAUAUUUAUACUAGCCUCAAAAUACUCUUGCUUCAUUGUUGCUGUUCUUUAAACCUUUUUAUUUUAUUAUUUAGGUAUAGUAAAGUUUUCAAAGUUUGUUGUACAAAGUUUCAUAAAUGGUUUUAGAAUAAAAUAAAUAAGCCUCUUAACAAGUCAGGUUUCCUUAAAGGAAGGAACUCAGAUGAGUAGAGAAAGAUUAUAUUCCUUUAAGAAAUGCUUCUUAAUGUCUAAGGGAACUAUAAAGACUUCCAUUUUUCUGUCCUAAAGCAUAUGACUAGUUAUAAAGCUAAAUGGCUACUUCACUUUCUUAUGGCUCCCUGCAUGGGCAGUCGUAUUUUAACAAGAGUCAGAAAUUGAUUAAUAGUAACUACACCCUAGGCUGAGCAAAAGUCAUCCUGUUUUAAAGGAAGAAAGGUCGCUGAUAGGAGGGAAAUAACAGCUGUGAAAAGGAAGUCCAGUCACUGGCUUGAGAUUUUUGGAUGCAUUUCCAUAUCCACUAGUGAGGAAAUGUGAAUGUUAUAUAGUAUCUUUCUGUAUAACAUAUUCUACUUAAGAGUUUUGAAAAAAGACAGAAUCACCAUUACCUUCCUUAUCCAAAAUCUAGAAUCAAGUAAGUUUCAUUUCUAAUUCUCAUAAUAAAGGAUAUGGUUUUAAGUUAUAAUGAAAGCAACUGUUUGGCCAGACACAGAAAUAGCAAGAGGGGAAUUAUUGCAAGAGUGGUAUGAAAAAUUGUUGAUUACUCUGACUUUGUAAUCAAAGCCAUAAAGAGAGGUCAUGGUGAUCUGUGGAUGAGGUCCUUAGAGUUUAAACCAAUAGAAAUAUAAUGUGAGCCACACACAUAAUUAAAAAUUUUCUACAGCCAAAUUUUAAAGAGUAAAAGAAACAGGUAAAGUUAAUUUUAAUAUCUAAUCCAGUAGCUCCAAAAUAUUUUAAUGUGUAAUUCAGUGUAUUAAAAAUUAUUGUGAUAGUUAACAUUCUAUUUAACAUUUAACAUUUCAUACUAAGUCUUCGAUAUCCAGUGUGUAUUUUACACUUUCAUCACAUCUCCAUUUGGACUAGCCACAUUUUAAGUCAUCACACAUGGCUAGUGGCUAUGAUACUGGACAGCGCAGAUGUAGACAGUGCCAUUCAUGGAACUGGAAAUGGAGAGUAAGUGCAACAGUUGUUUGUUAUUUACCAUCCCAAAUCUAGUGAAGAAUUCAAAGCUAAAUAAAAGGGACUAGUAGGUGUUGCUCUCAAAUACAGGUACAAUUUAAGUGCAAGAUUUUGUAGCAUAGUGCUUUGCAGGUGGUGGGUACUGAAUAUCUACUGGGAACAAAUGGUAGCACUUUAAUGCCUGAAGGAAACUUAGUCUAGUACAACUUCCUCAUUUUACAGGUAAGCAGAUCCAGAGCUUAAAUCGUUAUGAUUGAACUGAUUUUUCCUCUUAAAAUGUUAAAUGUCUGUGAACAUUCUUCUUUGAAAGUGUAUGAACUUUUCAAGAUUCCUGUUCUGAUCAUUAACAUAGAAUUCUAGGAAGUCCUUUGGUAUACACAAUUCAUUUCUUCAAACUGUUAAUUUCAGAAGUGGCUGAGAGUAGAAGAUUGUACAAAACAAGAAAGUUGUGGCUUGCUGUCUAAUCUUUUAACGCUCAUGAAGAAAUUAAAAAUCCUCAUCUUCCUUUCUCGUCACAUACUUUUUUUUAAUUCUCAAAGAGUUAAAUAAUAUUAAAUAUUUUUCUUAAUUAACUGGAUCAAAUGGAAACUGUAUUUAAAGCCAGUUAAGGUGAAGCUGCCCACAUGUUAAUACACAGAAAAUUAUUUUUUUUUAAAUUAAGGUCAGUUAGUGGGAUAAACUGUUCGGGGGGGUUCUAUUUUAAGUUUACGUAUAUGUAACUGUUUAAUAAAACAAAAAUUAGACAAAAUUUAACAAAAAUGAACAAUAAAUUGCCUUCUUACUGCUUCCAUA